AUGCACUCGGCGACGGAGAAGGCGAAGGACAUGACCAGCGCGGCCAAGGAGAAGGUGAAGGAGUACUCGGGAAAGACGGAGGCGAAGGCGGAGGAGGCGACGGCGAGAACCAAAGAAGAGAAGGAGAUGGCGCGCGAGAAGGAGAAGGCGCGGGAGAAGGAGGCGAAGGCGGAGCUCCACCGGGAGAAGGCGGAGCACCGCGCAGAGUCCGCAGAGCACCGCCUGCCCCUAAGCGGGCCCCACCGCCACUCGCCGGUCGGGACCGGCUCUGCUGCCGACCCUACGUACCCGACGACCGGCACCCGGCCUGCCUCGGAGAAGAAUCUGUAGAUCGUCAAUGGUCGUGCCUGUUAGCUAGGUUCUUUCUGGGUGGACCUGUGGAUAUGC